CAAACAAAAAAGAGUCGUCCUUUUAGGUAGGCAUUUGGAGAGCAUUCCAGGCUUCAAACUUGGUUUUUAAAUUGAAGUCAUAGUAUUUAUAGUUUGUGUUCCUCAGCUCCCUCGCAUGUGAGCAUAGAAAAUGAGUGGAAAGAGCAACUACAGUAUGCGCGAUGCAUUCCUAUGCAACACAUACAACUACGGAGAUGCUGCGUAUUGGGAUAAUCGAUAUCUGGAAGAAGGAGGAUCCUUCGACUGGUAUCAGCGCUACGCCCAUCUCAGACCCUUUGUUCGUUCCUAUAUUCCUCCUUCCUCCCGCAUUCUCAUGGUUGGCUGCGGGAAUGCAGUUAUGUCAGAAGACAUGGUGAAAGAUGGAUAUGAGGAAAUUAUCAACACUGAUAUCUCAGCAGUUGCUAUACACAUGAUGCAAAAAAAGUAUGAGAAAGUUCCUCAACUCAAAUAUGUUCAAAUUGAUGUACGUGAUAUGAGCUGCUUUUCUAAUGAGUACUUCAAUUCUGUAAUAGACAAAGGCACCCUGGAUUCUCUUAUGUGUGGAGCCAACGCACCAAUCAGUGCUGCUAGGAUGCUGGAAGAAGUGAGCAGAGUACUUAAGCCUGGAGGGGUUUAUAUGCUGAUUACAUAUGGUGAUCCUCGUGUGAGAAUGCCUCACUUGAAUGUGCCAUGCUACAAUUGGACUAUAACACUAUAUGUUAUACCUAGACCAGGAUUUGAAACACCGGAGGGAAGUUCUUCAGAGUCCCAUAUGGAACCUGUUCCUCUCACAGAGGAUGGUAUGCUUCCACGAAACUUUGUACUAGAAGAUCCCGAUUCUCACUAUAUUUAUAUUUGUAAAAAACAUUCCAAAGAUGGGAUCUUCUUCAACUAAUAUAAUGAAAGUUAAUUGUUUAUCAUAAAGUUGUACAUGCACCUAUUGAACUAUGUUUGGGUUGUCACCUUCAGCUAAUCUUUAAAUCUUAGUUGGACAAAACUGUUUUACUGCAUAAAAAUAUUAAACCACUCUUUAAUCUUGUUUUCUUAAAAAUAAGGUUAUCAGUCCUACGAGUGGUACAGGGGUUCUCAUUCUGAUUUAAGUUACUAGUUUACAGUUUAUAUAUCAUGUCUUUAUCCUCGUUUGUUCCAGGGACUCCCUUUAUAUUGUGAAGAUCCAUGAAUGUAUUAAUAUGCCUUAGAUAAUGAAAAGUUGAUAUUCACUUGAAUGAUUGUGAUUUAUUCCUAUGAUAAAAAAUCAACAGAGUACUUCCAGGAUUUAUGGUACAGAAUUUCUUGCCAUACUAUUUUUUCCUGAAUAAAUUAUGUUGAUUCUUUGGUUCUUGUGGGUCCGGGAAAAGGCUUUAGUUAUGCUGGUUCAAGUUGGUAGGAAAACUCACUCAUGCAUAAUGAUAAUGAGAAAUCUUCUGGAAGGGCUUUAUGUGAAUGGCUUGUCAUCAGCCAAUGUAGCAUCUAACUUGCUCACUUUAGAGGCAACUGGGCUAGAAUGCUAAGAUUGAGGAAGGUUAUCCUUAAGGCAAUCAUCUAGCAUCCUUUAAGGACACUUUUUAUGGAGAGGAUCGAACAUGAUUAUUACAUUAUGUUCUGACAUUUAAUUAUGGUCUAAGCCUGUAAAUUCAUCUGUGUCAUAUUUAGCAAAUUGCUACUAAGCAGGGAUUUUUUUCUUUUAGAGGCUUGAGACAAGUGCUGCGGUUUGGAGAAGGCUUGCUGCAUAGAGAGACUUCUAUAGAAUUUACAAACGGUCAAGUAUUUGAUUGUCUUAUCCCCUUAUUCAAUUAUUUUAAAUGUUUUACUAUUUCUCUUGCUGUUAUUAGAUUCUAUACCGUCAAAGCCUCAUGCUACUACCGUUAGUUGGGUGAGGUUUGAACUUUGACACUUUCUGGGAUUGCUUUUGGAUAGUUUGGGCAUGUUCUAAAUGUGUAAUGUUGACUUCGCUUAUCUGAAUACUACUAUUUCUCUUUUGCAUAUAUUCUUAACUUUUUGUUGUUUGGCAUUUUUAAGACAGUGACAGUUUCAGCAUGUGCCAAAAAUAUUGUGUAUGCGCUAUGAAAAACUGGGACCGAUUUUGGUUCUUAUGGUUUAAAUGCCAUUUGAUGCAUUAGUCGAAUUUUGGAUGACACUUGAUGGGUGAGGCUUACAUACUUACAUCAAGUUUUAUGUGACUUUUAAAACCCGAAUAUCAAAGUUAUAUCAAUUUAUUGUAUGCA